AUGUCAGGGCAACCGAGCGACGAUGUUUUACGAGGCGUCAAUCUUGCAUUCUUUGCCAUCACGAUGCUGCCUAUCGCCUUUAUGACAUUCAUCAGCUUUUACCGCGUACCCCGCGGUAAAGAUCCGGCGCGGAUAGCCUUCACAUACCUGAAGGCCAUGUUGCCGCUGGCAAUCUUUGCACUCCUCAUGUAUACGAUAUCAGGAGCUCUCAUGUUCAUAGAUUUCGAUCACACCGACGUGGAUUGGUAUGUCUUCUUCCGGGUUUCCUUUCACAUGAACCUGCUAGGAGGCCUCUUCUCGCGCGUUGUUGAUCUACUUCUUGUUAUGACACUGGUGGAGGUGGGCAACGGCUUCCUAUUUUGCCACACGGAAUCGAGAACGAUCUUGCAGAGGGUGGUGCGGUACGCUGCCAUUGUGUCAUGCGCCAUUCUUGCCGUGGUCGCAUUUGUUGGCUUUGGCAUCAUAAACGCUUUAGUGGCGCUCUCUUCCAGCCCCGACGAAAAGCUAUGGAAGGCGUACGAGAAGUUGUAUGCUUCCUCCAGCAUCCUCCUGUUUAUUUGGGCUGGGAUUCUGGUGGGUUUCUCUGCGCACGUUUAUAACGAGGUCAAGCGCAAUAGUGUCUUGAGGAAUUCCUCAAUGCUGUUCCUCUACGCCGCUAUUCUUAACUUGUUCACUCGCUUGUACUCCCUCGUCUACGUGUCUAUUUUCCUCCUAGCGGGCGUCAGGAUCUAUGCUCCGUCUAAGACCUACACGGCCAUCUUGAUUGCCGGCCCAAUCCUCACUGCAUGGGUGCACGCCGCCAUCGUAGCUAUCCUAGUCACCAUCGCCGUCCGUAAGCACAAUGGAUUGUGGAGCACCGUGCAGCCGUGGCUCGGGACGGAGGAAGAGAGCUCCCCUGUUCUUGCCGCAGACCCCAGUUUCACGGGUGUGGACGAGCAGUUGCCGGAAGAAUCUAGCAGUGCAGUGCCUAACUAG